UAUAAAAUUGUUUUAUUGACCUGUAAUAGUUGAUAGAAAUGGGAACAAAAUUUCUACAAGCGAGUGUUCUAACGAAGCUUUUGCAUAGGUGCAAGAGUGAGGUGCGCUCACCAGUGUAUCCAACGGCGUACAACUCGUCUUGCAAUUCUGCCAAUGUUCAAACAACAAAAAAUCAAAAUCAAAACCACCACCAACACAUAUACAAAACAACAAUUCCAGUCAACGAACACGAAACAGCUGAUUCAUGUAUGAACGGCGGCACAAUAGCACAGCACCAACGAAAUAAUAAUGACGUAAUAAAUAUCAAACCCAAUGAAAGUUGUUGCUGUGCAACAUCGAACAACAACACUACUGGCACAAAUUUCAAAAAUAUACAAACAGAAACGACAACUGUGCGCAGUAGCCAGAGAAAUAAAAAUCAUACGACAACAACGAAAACAGCAACAACAAUCGAAUACGAACUAUCAAACGGCAUAGCGAAGCUUUGCAAAAUCAGUACUAGUCGCAUAGCGGAAGAACCAACAAGCGAUUCAGUUGAGUCAAAAUCGUCGUGUGUGUGCAACGAUACAAAGUUAACGCCGUUAUUAUCCUCAACUGACUUGGAAAAUUUAAAUAAAAAUUUAAAUACUAUAAACGAAUUUAAUCAAAAAUUAAAUUCAAACGUAAAUAAAUCAAUAAAUUAUCAACAACGCGCAAAUUACAGCAUGGAUUGUAAAGAAUUCUCUAAAUUAAAUGGCAACGACGAUGAACGCGAUUGCAUUGGCUUACACGGCACCGCAGGUGAAAGUGAUGUACCUGGUAAAAUCUCAGGAUUGGAGCAUCUGAAGAAUAAGAAAUAUAAUAAGGUAAGUCCGAUUCAUAGGCCUUUAAACGGUAGAACCACUUUUGACAGUUGUGUUUUCAUGCAAAAAAAAAUUUCAUGUGAAAAAAAUAGCAAAGUUUACAAUGGAAAAGUACUGAAUGAUGUGGCAGAAUGUAGAAGAAAAAAGAACAGCUGGG